CGACCCGAAUAAACCAGAAUUAUAGCCACAAGGUACAGUCACUCGUAUCACAUCCCAUUGAACAUUUUCGACAUUAAUUAAAAUUUCAGGGUGUUUUUGGAACAUUCGCCUAUCGCCAUCAUCCUUGUAAAGUUGGCUGCUGAAAAUCGAGGGGUUGGUGAAACCUUCCACCGAGUCAACUCAAUAUAACAACCACAAAGGACACCACCUGUCACCACCCAUUACACCUAAUUUCUUGAUAUAAAACUUUCCGAUUUCAGGAAGAGAAACUAAGGAGAGAUAUGGCACAAGUUAGCAAAUUUUGUAAUGGAACUCAAAACGCCGUCGUUUCCCUGAAUCCUUCAAAAUCGCACCAGCCCAAAUCAGUUUUCUCAGUUUCGUUUAGACCACAGAGCAAAGGAUGUUCCAGUUAUUGGGGUUUGAAUCACAAUGUCAGGUUGAGUAAUCAUGCAAUUCGCACAGCUAGGGUUUCAGCCUCUGUUGAUACCGCUGAGAAACCAUCAAGUGUAUCCGAGAUUACGUUGCAACCUAUCAAAGAGAUUUCCGGUACAAUUAAAUUGCCGGGUUCCAAGUCUCUAUCGAAUCGGAUUCUCCUCCUCGCUGCCCUCUCUGAGGGAACAACUGUGGUUGAUAACUUGUUGGAAAGUGAUGAUAUUUUCCACAUGCUUGUUGCCUUGAAAAAACUUGGAUUGAAUGUAGAAGAGGACAGUGCAAAUAGACUGGCGAUUGUGGAAGGUUGUGGUGGUCUGUUUCCAGUCGCAAAAGAAUCAAAAGGUGAAGUUGAGCUGUUUCUUGGAAAUGCAGGUACAGCAAUGCGUCCAUUGACAGCUGCCGUAACUGCUGCUGGUGGCAAUUUGAGCUACCUACUUGAUGGAGUACCUCGAAUGAGAGAGAGACCAAUUGGGGACUUGGUCGAUGCUCUUAAACAGCUUGGUGCUGAUGCUGAUUGCAUUCUUGGCACAAAUUGCCCCCCUGUUCGUAUCAGUGGAAAGGGAGGCCUCCCAGGAGGAAAGGUGAAGCUUUCUGGAAAAAUUAGUAGCCAAUACCUGACUGCUUUGCUCAUGGCAACACCUUUGGCCCUCGGGGAUGUGGAAGUUGAGAUAAUUGAUAAGCUUAUUUCCAUUCCUUAUGUUGAGAUGACUUUGAAAUUGAUGGAACGUUUUGGGGUCACUGUAGAGCACAGUGAUAGCUGGGAUCGGUUCUUCGUCCGAGGAGGUCAAAAAUACAAGUCUCCUGGAAAUGCUUUUGUGGAAGGUGAUGCUUCAAGUGCAAGUUACUUCCUAGCUGGUGCUGCAAUCACUGGUGGGACCAUCACAGUUGAAGGUUGUGGAACAACUAGUUUACAGGGUGAUGUGAAAUUUGCUGAGGUUCUUGGGCAAAUGGGUGCUAAAGUUUCCUGGAAGGAGAACAGUGUCACUGUCACAGGACCACCUCGAACUCCUUAUGGAAGGAAACACUUGCAAGCUAUUGAUGUCAAUAUGAAUAAAAUGCCAGAUGUUGCCAUGACUCUUGCCAUAGUUGCGCUGUUUGCUGAUGGUCCUACUGCCGUUAGAGAUGUUGCAAGUUGGAGAGUGAAAGAGACUGAGCGUAUGAUUGCUAUUUGCACAGAACUCAGGAAGCUGGGAGCUACAGUAGAAGAAGGGCCAGACUACUGUGUAAUCACUCCACCAGAGAAACUAAAUGUGGCUGCAAUUGACACUUAUGACGAUCACCGCAUGGCCAUGGCAUUCUCUCUUGCUGCCUGUGCAGAAGUUCCGGUCACCAUCAAGGAUCCUAGUUGCACACGGAAAACUUUCCCUGACUACUUUGAUGUCCUCCAAAGGGUUACAAAGCAUUAAAUUAGAUCUUCUACAUUCAUUAAAGGCAAGAGAAAAGAGGGAUUGUCUUUUUGACCCCAUGAACCAUAGCAUGGGAAAGCAAUCCACACUUCAUUUUACUGAAAUGUAUGUGCAAGUAGAACCUGUUAUUAUUAUUUUUAUUUCAAAACUGUAAGUUAUUUUUUACUUGAAAUGAGUUGCUUGUUUGAUCCUUGUCUUGAAAGGUUCAAUUUAAUACCAAUAUGACCCAAGUGGGUUCACUCCA